UGCAUCGUCAAGUGCUUAAACAGUGGCUUGAUUAUAGUGAGACAUCAAUGCAGGUGUUCAAUGUAGUGCUGGCCCUGGCGGCUAUAUCGUGCUCCGGUUUGGUCUCUGCUAAACACGCAAAACUCGUGAUCGGAGGUGCUGCAGCUGGCGGUGCAGGUGCCGUAGGUGCCGGUGGAGGGUUUCUAGCCGGAUCGCAUAUCGGAUCGCUCCUGAUUAAGCACGGGAUUAUUCAUGGUCAUCAGGGACAGAAAGAAGUCCUGCUCCCUCCGAAACACGUUUACCUGAAGCAUCAUGAGCCUAUAGCUCAUCACGGACCUAUCGAGCCUUUGCAUGCGGCGCCGGCGCAUCAUGCCCCAAUCGCAAUCAAACACGAGGAACCCUUGAUAAGUGCUCCUCACCAUCACCUCCAUCACGAGGCAGGACAUCAUCACCUCCAUCACGAGCCUGAACAUCAUCUUCUCCAUCAUCACCACGGGCACGACCUUCAUCAUCACGGGCACGAUAAUCAUCAUCAUCAUCAUCACGGACACGAUCAUCAUCAUCACGAGCACGAUCAUCAUCAUCACCAUCAUCACGGACACGAGCAUCAUCACGCCGUUGAGCACGCAGAAGUUUCUCAUGCAACCCACCACGCACCCAUCGUGCAUGCUGCCCCGAUCGCUGAGCACGCACCGUGGCAUGUCGCCCCCGCUCACAUUCACCACGUGGAACACGUUGAGCACGCUCACCAUGGCCCCACUCAUGUGAAGAAACACGAGCCGCUCUAUCGCGGGAAUGUGGUCAUCAAGAAGAAAAUCCCCGCCAAGGGACACCACUUCUCUAUCCACGGUUACCAAUUCUCUAUCGGACGGAAGCCAAAAACUCUUCUUCACAAAAAGCAUUUCUUCCUCCAUCCGGCUCCGGUGAUUGUGAAGCCUUACUUCGUCAAGAAGCACCCAGAACCGAAGUUAAUCAAAGCCGUCGUCCCGGUUCCCGCUCCCAUCAAGGCCGUUGCCCCCAUCGAACAAGGACCGAUCGUGCUCCCGAUGAAAGACGGCCACGGUCCCGCGGCCGGGCCGUGGGCCCAGGCUCCGAUAAUCAUCAAUGAGCCUGCUGGACCUAUUGCACAGCCAGUGAUUAAAGCAGCCGCUCCUGUUGCGGUUCCUGUUAUAAAGGAGGCCGGCGCUGUCGAGGGAGGCUGGCCCGAAGGUAACGAUGCCCACUCCCCUAUCCUCAAGAUCCUUGGGCCGAUAUUCGAUGCGCCUCUUCCGGUCAUCGGCGGUCAUGACGCUUGGUGA